AUGGUAUCCCAGCCGGUGUUUACGUUUGAUGCAUCAGUUGCUGCAGCUCAGGAUCAGAGAGAGAGUCUGUAUAUCGAUCCCGCAGAUCUCGCGUUGGGCUCGUCCCUCGUAUCUCUCCCGAAUGCCGCGUCAACGACGUCGCCUGGCGGUUCUGCAUCAGCACAUGCUCCCCUCCCCAACAUGUUCCCAGACUCAUCAGGCUCGUAUCAAUAUCUACCAGAUAGCGCCACCCACUUACCGUCGUCGACCACAUCCUCGUUCUUGGAUCCCGGACAGCAGCCCACGCCCGCCCCAUCCUUCGACCAGACCUCAGGUCUACAGCUUACCGGUAGCGAUCGAAUCCACAGUCCCAUGGAAGUCAACAGCACGUCUCACGAUCUCAACUCCGUAUACAGUGGUGGCCACUGGGGAGGGAACACGCUCGCGGACCCAUCGGCCUUGCCCCUGUAUUACAGUACCGGUACCGAGAGUGGCGAGGCGGCCUGGAUGACGUCCCCACAGGAGGCGUGGGCGCAAUACGUUGGGGCGGAGAGCUUCGAUACGGUCGCAGUAUAUGGGCUAUAUACCCAUUGA